UCAGCCAAAGGGAAGGGCAGGUGCUAAGGCACUGGGGUGAGCCCGUUCAGAAUAAGUGGUCCUCUGUCAUGAUGGGCACAUAGCUUGUCUUGCUAGUGAAGGAUCUCGUCAAAAAGUUAGUUUAGAGAGCUUUCUCUGGGACAUGGUAAAAGACAGCCUGGAUUGAAGUACUAGCGGCAGUCAGGCCAGUGAGUGGGGUUGGCAACAGAGCAGGUAGGUAGACCUGCAUUUGGUUACUGGUCACAGAAAUGGAGAGUGAGAGAUAUUUCAAAGUCAGGAUGCCCUACUGGCAGACCCCCAAGUCCUCGAACUUCAGGGCAGAACUGCCUGGGUGGGAACUCUCCCAUGUCUCCUUGAUUUCACUGCCACCUCUGCUGGCGUCCUCUCUCAUCUCCGCCGCCAGCCCCCGCCUCCUUUCUCGGGAAGCUUGGGUCUCCCUGGGAGCGGGUCUGCCCUUAGGGGGAGGCCUCUGGGCUCUGUGCCCUGCAGCUCGGCAGACAUUCGAGGCGGACAGAAACGGGGCUUGGCGCCCCCCGCGUGCACGUGUGCUAGCCCAGGCAGGAGGGAGCGCCUCGGCGGAGGAGUCAAGGAAGAGGGGGAGGGAGAAACGCGCCAGAACCUCGGUCCCGGGCGCCCUCGUCGGCCGCGGAGGAGCUGCAGCCUCCAACAGGAAGGUGUGGUCCCUGCCAUGCUAUCUGCUCUGCUCAGCGACUGAAGGCGCCUGCAUCCCAGCUCUGCCAGGAAGCAAAGUUACAGAUGAGAAAACUGAAGCUCAGAGAGUGAAAGGACUUGCCUAAAGACACACAGCUGAUCCUGUGCUUUUUCUGCUGAGCCACGGCUUCCUGCACUGAUGAGCUCAACAUCCCCCAUGCCACCCCCUCCCCAGCACAGGAUCCCAACCAUCUUAUGGGUGGAGGAGUCAACCUCAGCUCCUCUUCCAGGUGGCCGGCCAAGCUCGGAUCACACCCGGCAUCCCUCAUCCACAUCGCCUCUUCCCCACCACCCACGACCAGUAAUCCAGUGUGCAUAGUUGUAAACUUGUUUCUUUAAAUAAACAGUCUUGAGUUUCAUACCAAAUAGUCUCUUAAGAGAAGGAACGUCUCCAGGCCACCUCGUAUUUAGCAUACAGUGAGCCACAUAUUUGCACAGAGAGAGUGUAUGUGGAUAUAGAGAUCGCUCGAUCGCUAUAGAUAUCGUUGCUCAUCCAGAUGGGAGCUAUUUAUGAUGCUGAGUCAUUUGCAGAGAAUGCCACUGAGGAAUUCCAGGCUGGGCUCCGAGCCCCAGCAUCACAGACCUCAUGGCUCUCUGCCUCGUCUUCACUGUUCACAAAUGAGAGGUGGGAGGGGGGCCUCCCAUCACAGGCCAGGGACAGAAGGGAACAUUUUGACCACAGGAAAUGAAGAUUUCCUCAUAACCAGUUCCUACUGUAAGUCAUUCUCCUCCAUCCAGAGCCUUGCACCCUUAGGGAUCAUCUUGUCCAAUUCCUUCAUUGUGUAGGAGAGAAAACUGAGACCCAGAGUGGGGAGGGACUGGCCCAGUGUCACACAGAGAGUCGGGGACAGAGCUGGUGCUAAAGCCCAGACCUUCUGGCUGCUGCCUGGGGUUUCCACAUUCCCAGCAACCUUCUUCAGGUUUUGUCUCCAAUGUCUUGGCAUUUCCUCUCACUGAGGAGCUUCUCAUCUUCCAAAAUUUGGAGAUGUCACUGAGCACUUGCACCUUUGGGCUCUUGCAGGACAAAAGCUGACUCCAGCUUGUUUGGGUACUCCAGCCCCAUGCUUAGUGCAAGACCUGCACACACUGGCUGCUCAAUACGUGUGUACUGAGUGUUAUAUAAGACCAAACUCAGUACCAAUUCCUGGGGAACCCAUUUGGAAAAGCACCCAUCUAUCUCCACCCUCUCUUUCUUGUCUCUAAGCCAGUUCCCUAUCCAUGCAAAAAUAGACUCCCUCCCACUCACCACCCACCUCUGCCCAAUUCUAUAAUGAAUCAAUUUUAUUAAUAGGCUUUGGGAUGGAAACUUGACAAAGGCUUUUUGUGAAAGUCUCACUUUAUCUCCCUACAUAGUUCACUUCUCAAAGAAUUCUAAUAAACUGGUCAGGUGGGAUUUGGUCUUACAUAAAAUAUUCAUUAAUCCACUCUUUCCCUCCAUAUAGAAUGUAUUGGUUUAAGCAUUCAGUGAUCUCUAACCUGUGUUAUAGAUUCUAUUCAGUUGUUCUAAGAGGCAGUGGGAUGAGAUGGAAAGAGCAUGGGCUUUGGAAUGAGGGCCAAGUUGAAGUCUAGCUGGCCCCUUACUGGUUUUUCAUUCACAUUGAUUACUCUGAGGAUUAAAUGAGAUAAUAUAUGUAAGGUGGAUGGCACAUAGUAAGUGCUCGAUGCAGGUUUGUGAAUAAAUGAAUGAAUGAUUAUGAAUGAUUGGCUCAGGACCCAUAUGAACAAGAUCUUAAAGCUGGAGGAGCCAGCUGACUCUGCAAUCUGAGUUAACAAAGUCAUACUACCCAGGAAGGGUGGUUUGAAAAGUCUUGAGAAGCAAACUUCAGGAUUAGGCUGUUGGUUGGCCUGUCUCCAGGCCAGAAAGGAGGAUCUUUCUCCAGCCCCUGGUGCAAGGGGUUCCCUCAGCUCAAGAAAAAAUUUGAGUCUGGAAUCUGGGUUCAAAACAGAAAACUCCUUGAAAAUCAAGACUGUGUCAUUUUAUUGCUGGAUUCUGCCUUUCUCUCAACUAGAGCCUGGCUCAGAGUGGUGUGGAAUAGGCAGAGAGGUCCACAGCACAUAUUCAUGUUGUGAAGAUGAGGUGCAUUGACUUGAGUUGAUCUGAGUUGACUUGGCUUGAAUUGACUUGAGUUGUUCUGAGUUUACUGGUGGACUCAACUCUUGGGCCCACCAAGAGAGAAGCUUCCCGAAACUUGGACUUAGCUAAGACCUGGCUGGUCUCAUAGCACAAGGGAGACUUCACAGGUGAUGUUCUGGGGACAUUAUAGAGUAUCCCAAAGAUAGAGGCCUUUCAGAGAGGACCAGGGCCAUAGUCAGCACUGAAGAGCUGGAUAGCAGUCUUGGCUCAGUCAGGGGGCACCACAAGGCUAAAUGUCCCUUAGGAAUCUUUAAAAUCUAUUGGAACUCUGCCAGGACCUUUUCAUAUUUUCAAGGCAAUAGAAGCCUUUCUUACUGGCAUAGAAGGAUCUUUUUGGGGUACCCACUUCAGUGGGAGGAUGGCCUCCAGGCUGGAAGGUCAACUAGACUCAGCAAUGAGGAGAGAAGACAGGGUGAAGCUGGGAACCAGGCAGAGUUUCGUACUACAGAUGCUGGGACCAUUGUAAGUGGGUCCUCCCAUGGAAGCGAGGGUUUGGGGAUCUGAGUGAGAUGUGAUUCUAACUCUAGACUUAUGUCAGGCAGUGUUUGCUGAAGGGAAAAUGACCCAGAAAGUACAUUGGGAAAUCAGGCAAGACCUAUAGCCUCACCAUGCGGAGGGCAGCCCGCACAGCUCAGGCCCCUUGGCCAGCCCCACCCCAGGCCCUGCCCACCACAGAAUGCAGCCAGCACCUGAGGGAGACAGGAAUGAGAACACCAGUGAGCUUCAGGUGAGCGGGGGCUGCUCACACGCUUACUGCACUUACCAGUGUCUGUCUCUCACACGGGUCUGGGAACCCACCAAAGGAAAUAUGUUGCAUUCCUAUCAUCCCCUUUGUACCCCCUAAAAAUCUGGGUACAGAUUAUAGACAUCAGUGUUUGAUGAGUGAAUAAUCAGGUCAGAGUAAGAUUUAGAAAGCCAGUGGAAGAUUUCAAGAUGGCAAAAUGGAAAAUUUCAAGAUCUCAAGGUGGCCAAGGUCCAAGGUAGAGAUGCCUAGCCAGAAAAAAUAACAUAGACCCAGAAGCUGCCCCUCAGGAGUUUGGCUCAUGGAAAAAUAAUGCACUAAAUGGAGCCAAGGGACAGGGUGGUGCAACGUGGGCUUAAAAUAAUGUUCCUCAGCAUCCUGGGCUUCUAAGAAGGUUCUCAGGGCCCAUUAUGGGAUGGGUUUGGGGAAGAGAAGGCCUCAAAGAAGAAGCCCUAGAUCCUCCAAAUCCAUUUCAACCACAAAAGCUUCGCUUUUAUCUGUUGUAUAUGUUGGAUUUCCUCCUAAAUUUUUACUUUUAAAGGGUUCUUUUGAUUUUAAAAAGUGCAUUUGGGAAAGUACUGGCAUUGAAAGAGCCUAUGCCUUUGGAGGUAGACUGGGUCCAGAUCUCAGCUCCAUCCCUUUCCACCAGUGGGACUUGGGGCAAGUGUCCCUUUGAGCCUCCAUAUUCUCAGCCAUGAGACACCCUCCCAGGGCUGUAUGAGCACAGCUAAGAGGCUCUGGUACCUCCCAGAGGCUGGCACACAUGUGAUUGAUUGAUGCUGUACAAGAUGACUUUAGCUGGUAUACAGAUGAACAUUUAUUAUUUUAAUAGCUUGCAAGUGAUGCGUGUUAGAAAUAUAUAACCAGCACACUAAACUGUGAUUUAUGAAAAUAAUAUGGCAUUUCCUCUGAAAAUAAAAUUGUGAUCUUUUUAAAAAGGCAAAUCAAUUUAAAGAGAAAUAGUAAGUGAUAGGGCAGAAAUCAUGAAGGUGGCACAGGAAUGACUGAAAUUUCGGGGAAAUUGAGAGAAUCUAUGUAAACACCAAUCACAGUGUCUGUCACUUAAGAAGGGCUCAAAAAGUUAGUUCUUAUAUCCUUCUCUUUAUUUUAGCUCCCUGGGGUGGUUGAACCUAGAACCAUGCUCAAAAAAACAAAACAAAACAAAAACAAAGCUUCCUGGGACAAAGUAGGGGCCCAGGCCCAGUCGGCCUGGAACAGUGUGGGGUGGGCAUGAGACAGGCAGCCAUGGAUCCAGCUCUGAUGGGCAGAAGUGGUCAAGUGUGGCCAGGGAGCUGGCCACAGGCACACAGAGCAGUCCGAGGCUGCUGAGGUAGCAUCUCCCACAAAGUGGGCACAGACCAUCGGGGAUCCAUGAGACAAUUUGAAGAGUUAUUCAGGCACAAAUUAAAUAGCACUGGGAGAGAAUGACUGCCUUUUUGGUUGAUUACAUCAAGGAGAGAGUCUCAAUUGAAGGUUAGCCUCUCCUUAACCAUCUUGAUUUCCUUUCCAAGGAAGAGGCUCAGACUUCAGCCGGCAACAGUAACUAGCUGGAAGUGGAUAACGAUGUUUUAUUUUCCAUUUAUUUGUUUUUAACCAUGGCCUUCUAUUUACAGAACAGGAUACUGCAUUCCUGUUUAUGAGAAGGAUCUUAUGUUCUCUUUCCAAAUAUACGUAUUAAAGGUCAAAAAAUGAAUCUGUUACUCUUGCUAAGUAUAAAGUGAGUAAUAGUAAAUGCAAGAUGUACAUGAGGAAAAUAGAGAGAAGUGGUGUAUGACUGAGGCAAGAGUAACCGGGCAAAGGUGUUGCAAGGGGUUCCGUGGCUCCAGAGCCCAUGCUGGGCCCAGAGGCAGGAAUGUCUCCAGGCCCCACCACAGCCUCCGGGGCAGUCCUCAUCCUGGGGAGGGCAAAGGAGACCCCAUCCUAAGAAGGAGGGAGAUUGCUGGGCAGGUGACCCAGAGCCUCCUGCCUGAGCUGGGAGUGCAGAGACCAGGACAGCAGCCUGGCCAGCAGUCAGUGAGGUCAGGGCUACCACCAGAGGGUGGAUCUGAAACAGACCCUAGGCCUCUGGUUUCUGGCAAGGUUGAUUACAUCCAGAAGGGGGUCUUAAUUAGAGGCUGUGGUCCAGUGGUUGAUCAUAACUUGGAUUAUCCAGCUGGGGCAGGAAGGAGCUGAGGGACAGGAAGAGGCAGCCCGUGUCAGCCUGGUGUUCAAGGAAUCAGGUGUGAACCUAAACAGUUCACAGCAGCCUUAGAGAGGGGCUGGGUGUGAAUUAGGGUACACUGAUAGCAAGCAACAGAGACUAACUCUGUCAUACUCAGACAGAAAAGGGGGUUAUCGAGGUUAUCAGAUGGGACCCAGAACCAAAGGGAAAGCUGGACACAGGGCUCAGAAAAGGACCAGAGCCAAAGCUGCACAAGGGGUCUGGAAGCAGGACCUGAGGCCAGUUUUGUCCAGGUCCCCUCUGGGAUGCAUCUCAGCCACAGCCGCUUUUUUCCUCCUUGCAUCACUCGGCUCAUGAGUCACAGCCCCAGGAGGGAGACAGCUGGCCUGGCGUGGGUCCCGUGUCCUCCUCUCGGCCAGCCCAAAGCAUGGCGGCUUGACAGGACUGCUUCCAAGAUUGAACGUGAGGAAGGGGUGGUUCCCAAAAGGAAAAUCAAAGGGCUGUCACCAAAAGGAGGAAGAGUGGAUUCUGGGCAGCUCAAACCAGCAAAUGUCGACCAGGAGGAUCCCAGGGAGUACCAGGCACUGUGGUCUCCUAGGUGUCACUCUCUGGGACCAUCCCUGAGGCCUCCUUUCUCCUACCCUGAAUGGACAAACAUCACCAUCCCAGUCUGGGAGCAGUGGUCUGCUGUACCUGAGUAAGGUGGUGAGCUGCUGCAGUGAGGGUCCUCCGAUGGGCUGGGGGCCCUAGGGGAAGGGUACUGGGCAAGUCUGAUCCUUGGCCCCAGGGCUGAAAAGGAUCUGCUGGGCUGAGGAAGUCUAAUGAGAACCGACUCACUCAGGGGCUGCAAACCCGCUCAUCAGCAGGCUUGGCGGAGAGCACAUGCAUGGAGGAACUGUGACAGGGGACAGACAUGCUUAGCUAGCAGGACAGCCUCUGCCCACUCCAGGGAGUGGAGUUACCACUCCAACUGUUACCACACAGGCACGGGGCCCCAGGGUUGAUGGUUACACCUGGGCUGGUUUGUUUAAAUGAAGGCCCAAAUCAGGAGUUCUAUGUGAAACUCCUCCUUUUUUAGUAUUAUCAAUUAACAGGAAAACAAUUAAAUAUUGUGUUGACCAAACAAUACGUACCACCAGUUUGUGACCAUGGGAACUAACUUCUACUCAUCCACUACAACUAAGAUGAGACAUCACUUCCUCCAGGAAGCCUUCCAUGACUUGCCCCUCCCUCUGCCUUGCCACCCAUUCUUUGGACUCUCACAGACCCUGUAUUUCCUUUUGUCACAGCACUGACCCUCUGUGUUACUUGGAGGCACACAAGUUCGUUUGUUUUUGUCUGCUGCUUUUUGACUGUAAGCUUCUUGAGGAGACCCACUGUCUCUUGUUACAUCUAUGCCCAGCAUCAUGCCUGACACACAUGAAGGGCUGUGGCAUUGAUGGAAGGGGGCUAUAAGGACUGCAGGUGUCAAGGUUAUACUGUGGCAACAAGUUAAUCCUCAAAUCCUGUUGUGACUUAAUACAACAAAGAUUUGUUUCUCCUUAACAUGAUGUCUUCUGUGGAGCCAGCAGCUCUCCAGGUAGCGUCCUUCCCAUUGGUGACUCCGGGAUCUAGGCUGGCUCCGCCACUAUGGAGCAGUGGAAGAGAGUGAGUGGAGAACUCAUAGUCACUCUUUUUUUUUUUUUUGAGACAGAGUCUCACUCUGUCGCCAGGCUAGAGUGCAGUGGUGCAAUCUCGGCUCACUGCAACCUCCAGCUUCUGGGUUCAAGCGAUUCUCCUGCCUCAGCCUCCCAAGUAGUUGGGAUUACAGGCCCGCAUCACCAUGCCCAGCUAAUUUUUGUAUUUUUAGUAGAGGCGGGGUUUCACCGUGUUAGCCAGGAUGGUCUUGAUCUCCUGACCUUGUGAUCUGCCCGCCUCAGCCUCCCGAAGUGCUAGGAUUACAGGCGUGAGCCACCGCACCCGGCCAACAGUCACUCUUAAUACCUCAGCCCAGAAGUGACACUGAUUGAUUCUUCUCACAGGCCGUUCGUUGGCCAAAACUAGUCACAUGACCUAUCUCACCAUCAGGGGCGGGAAAGAAUUCACUGAGUUCACGUUCUUGCAGCACAAGCCCUGACCUGCCGCUGGCAGUGCUGGGGAGCCAGGGGUCCAAGAGGAGGACUUGGUCUAUGCGUGGGGCAGAGGCAGCCAGGAACCAGAGGUGCUCGAGACACAGAAACUUGCCAGCAUCACCGAGAACCAGAGGUGCCUCAUGGCUGGUACAUGAAAGCACCUCUUAAUUUGCAUGUUUAACUCAACACAUCCUAAAAAGUGGGAAAAGAGUGGGGAGAGAAUUUCAUUAACCUGAGCUUUCCACCUUUCCUUAUUUUUCCAAUCAGUAAACACUAGCAAAUGAAAAUCAAGUUGAUGGAAAAAUAGAGGUCAAAUGCCAAUGGGCAAACUGUUCAGAAAGAAAUUGCCACCUGGUCCCUUCAACAUCUUACGUGGUGUCCCUGGUGACCCAAGAGCGAUUGCAGCUGUUGGAAGGGCUCAGACGCCAGUGCACUCGGGGAUACCGACCCUCACUGCUCUGACAGCCUUGGCCAGACCAUGGCUAAUAGCAAGUCAGUGGGCCCCACUCUGGGGGGCUCCAAGACACUUGCCCUGCUUUCUUCAGGCUAUAUCACAACAGCAGAUGUUUCUUUGGGAUGGAAUCACAGGAUCUUAGAUGGCUCUAGAAAGAGCAGAAGCUUAGGAGCCAGAAAGAUCUGGGUUCAAAUUCCAGUUCUUUCCUAGUAAGUCAACUUCCUACCUAGCAAGACCCUUCACCGCUCUGAGUUUCAGCUUUAUCACCUGUCUAAUGGGUACAAGGAUAACACCUACCUCCCUGAACAAUUGUGCAUAGUCUCUGACAUUACGUGUCUAAUGCAUAAUGUCCUAAUGCACAGUAUGACCUCAAUUGAUGUCAUUGUUUUUCCUUUUCCCCCAUUGGGGUCAGAGGGACUGAGUCCAACCUCCCCUGACUGCAGCCAGCCAGUUCCUAUUUGCAUACCUCUGAUGACAAGAAGCUCACUACUCUUCCUACUGCCCCCCUCGCCCUGCAAGCCCCGAGCAUCUUGCUCCAUUUUUUAAUUACUCCCACGAUGUUUGUGAAGAGAGGGUCUUCACAAACCUAGUCCCUAGGGACUAGGGAUUGAGGGGAAGGUGCCUGGCUCACUUCCCUACCUGGCUGACUAAUCACAGCCUUUGCCCUCAGGAGUUGUGCGGGGGAACUGAGUAUAGUGAGGAUGAAGGAGGUGAGGGGAUCAGGGUGGAGGAAUGUGUAUCCAUUUCUGGUUCACAAAAGGAAACAGAGAAAUCCAUCACACAUGGGAGACAGGAUCAGGACUGGGGACAUUUGUCCCAUAGAAAAGAAAUCUCAGGAAGACUGCCACAGGACAAUGAUGGAGGUUCAACCUAGGGUUAAGUGUGGGGAGCCACAGAGGGGAAAACAGGAGCCUCAAAUAAGAGCAAACUUUCCUUCAUUCAUUCUGCAAGCACUCCCUGUUUCUCCACCCUGCCUGGCCCCAGGCUGAGCAUAAGCGCAAGAAAUGAAUCCGCGGCCUUGACCUUGGGAGAGUGGGCAGGCAUGUAGAUGAUAAUAUGGAAACCAUUUGAGUAUUGCUGAGAUAAAGGAAAGUUCAAUGGGGGCUGUGGGAGCUCAGAGUGGGGGUAGCUGGCCCACUAGGGAGGGGAAGGAUGAGGAGGCAAACAGAAAGUCGGGAGAAAAGGGAUACCAGCUAGAGGGGCACCAUGGGCAAAGGCACAGAGGUGAAAAUCAGCCUGCUGUGUGGAAAACCCACCCCUUUCUCUAGUGCUUGAGCAGGGAGUGGUGACAGGUGGGCUGAUCCAGCAGCAAAGGGCCUUGCAGACAGCCACAGAGCAGAGACCCUGUCCCAGGCUAGGAGGAAGCCAUGGAAGGGCAAGUUGUUUUUCAUUUUUGUUUUUUCAGGAAAAAAAAAUUACUGAACUAUAACCUAUGUUCAUAAAGUUCUCCUAAGUUUACAGCUCAGUGAGUUUUCACAAAGUGAACACGCCCACGUAACCUUCCCCAGCUUGAGACACAGAAACUUGCCAUCACGGAAGCUCCCUUUGCUCCCCUUUCCAGUCCCCACCUCCCUGCAAAAGGAGCUGCUGUCCCAACCUUUUUUUUUUUUUUUUUUUUUUUUUUUUUGAGACAGAGUCUUGCUCUGUCACCUGGGCUGGAGUGCAGUGAUGUGAUCUCGGUUCACUGCAACCUCUGUCUCCCAGGUUCAAGCGAUUCUCCUGCCUCAGCCUCCCAAGUAGCUGGGACUACAGGCAUGCGCCACUACGCCCAGCUAAUUUUGUAUUUUUAGUAGAGAUGGGGUUUCACCAUGUUGGUUGGCCAGGAUGGUCUCAAUCUCUUGACCUCAUGAUCCGCCCACCUCAGCCUCCCAAAGUGCUGGGAUUACAGGCGUGAGCCACCGCGCCCGGCCCCGACUUCUAAUUUCAUAGAUUCAUUGGCUGUUUCUGAACUUCACAUAAAUGAAAUCACGCCGUGUUGGACCCCUGCUCAGCGACGUUGGAGAGUCUCUUGAGUUGUUGCAUGUGGUUGUCAUUCAUUCUCAUUGCUGGAGUAAAUCUCAUCGUGGGACUAGACCAAAAUGCAGUUCUAGUGUUGAUAGCCACUUGGGUUGUUUUCAGCUUUAGACUCUUGGGAGAAGCGCUGCCAUGAAGAUUCUUGCACGUGUCUUUGGAAAAACACAUGUACACAUUUCUAGGGGGUUUAUGCCAAGGAGUGGAGUUGCUGCAUCACACGAGAUGCGGGUUCAGCUCUAGCAGAUACUGUCAAAUGUUUCUUCCAAAAUGAUAGUAGCAAUUUACAUUCCCUACUGUAGCUACUUGGUGGAAGUUUCAGGAGCUCCAAACCCUCACCAACAUUUGGUAUUUUCCGUCUUUUCCAUUUCAGCGAUUCUGGUGGAUGUGGAGUGGUAUCGUUGGAAUUUUUAUUUCCCCAAAGACGAGUAGGUUAAACACCUUUUCAUAUGCUUCCUAGCCAUUUGGACAUCCUCUUUCCCAAAGUGUCUAUUCAAGGCUCUGGACAGGGAGGGUCAAGGGCCGCCUUUCAUUUUAGAAAGUUAUCUCCGGCAGCCAAGUGGAGUGUCUGGGAUUGGAAGUGGGUGUCCUGGAACCUCUGGCUGAUACCAGGGGCAUCUCUUAGGUACCAGGUUUCAUCAGCUUCCUCUGCCUUCUUCACUCCUCACAGUCACCCUUUGACCUCACAGGUCAAAAGUGUUAUCAGUAUUUCACAGAUGAAAUGGCCAGGCUCAGAGAGGUGAAGGGCCUGCCCAAGCUCUCACAGAGGGUGCUGAGAGGACAGCUGGGAUGUUCUCAGCCUGAAGCAGGUAGCCCAGGGAGGAAUAGAACAGAAGGGAACAAAAGGAAAGUGAAGAAGCAGCUACAAGGACAUCUAUCUCACUCCUUAUUUUGCAGAAAAGGAAAUUAUCCACCUCUCUCCCCAAUUCUCUCCCCUUCCUUCCCCUCUCUCUGCAUCACACCAAAAGUCCCUACAGAGGUCAGCAGCCAUCUGGAGGUGAGUGUCCCCAGCCUGAGACUGUGUUGGAGGCCCAGUGAUGUGCAGGGAGCCAAUUUGGUCAGCUCCUGUCUCUGCCACCACUCACCGUGUGGCCCUGGACUGGUCACGUCACCUCCCUGAGCCUUAGGCUCUUUACCUGUUUCAAUAAUCCCUUCCUCUGGGCCUUGUGGGGAGAAAUCACUGAGGCAAACUGAUGCAGUGCCCAGCAGGGCACCUGGCGUCAUGCAGCCCUUAGUUUACUUGGCACACUCUCAUUCCUUCCCCCGACACUUCUAUGACUAGCGGGGCUCCGUGUUCUGCCCAGGCCCCCUCUCCCUGGGUAGCAGGGUCAGCCUCUUCACGUCUCAUGCAGCCACAACAGGCCACUGGUGGGUUCCUCACUGCCUGAAAGCAGGUGUGGUGGGCCAGGCAUGGCAUCCCCUCCCGCAUCACCUCAUCUCCCUGCAGCUGCCCGCACUCAGGCUGACAGCCACACAAUGAGUCCCAGAAGGGCCUUUCUCCUCUCAAGGACUCUCAUCUCAGAGCCCAGACGCCUUUAUUUUAGGAGCUGUGGUUAGUAAAGUGCUUCAUCAACGCCACCUCCAAGUAGCCCCCCGCCCCCUACCACACACAGCCCGUGUGACUGUCUCACCCGCCCUGUCCUUCCACUCGUUAAUCCGUGCUGCCUUUCAUGAGCAUCUCCAGGCACUGUGCUAGGCACCAAGAGGCCCACCAGCUCCCUCCCUUCAUGGAGUUUCCUCUGCAUUGAGAGAAACAGACAAUAAACAAAUAGAUGGACAUGGUAAACAGGAUGACUUUGGAUGGUGCUCAGGGCCGUGGAGAUGAUGGAGAAAGCUAUAACAGAGAGGGACGGGCAGUCGGCCGCUCGGUCCCAGAGCAGAGUCAGGAACUCCCAGGCCUGCUGCCGGGGAUGGCGUGUCCUUCUCUGGUUUGGGCUCUUCCUGGAGGGAAUAGUGACACUGCAGACCUCCUGGGGGUUGUCCCAGGAUUUGGCAAAAGAUCCUGGCUGCUCCUGACCCCUGGCACUUCCUCCAUCCACCAGCUUCUCCCCUCCCGCCUCACAGGAUUUCUUCCUCCCAAUCCUACUGGAUCCUGAGCAAACUGAGUCCUUUCCUGAUGGUUUCCCCAUCCCCAGGGGCAAGGGCAACUGAACCCCACACAGGGCCGGCAGAGACCCUCAGCUCUACGCAAGCAGCACACUCUGUCUCCCUUCUCAGGCCUCCACCUUCUCUCCCUCCUUCACCCCCUUCCUGACUCAGUCUCUCUGUCUCUGUGCCUCAUCUCGCUUUUCCCCUCUCCAACUUCCUGUUACUCUCCUUCUCCUAAUUUUCUUUUCUUUCUUUUUCUUUUUCUUUUUUUUCUUGAAAUGGAGUUUCGCUGUCGUCACCCAGGCUGGAGUGCAAUGGCGCGAUCUCGGCUCAUUGCAACCUCUGCCUCCUGGGUUCAAGUGAUUCUCCUGCCUUAGCCUCCUGAGUAGCUGGGAUUACAGGCACCUGUCACCAUGCCCGGCUAAUUUUUGUAUUUUUAGUAGAGACGGGAUUUCACCAUGCUGGCCAGGCUGGUCAUGAAUUCCUGACCUCCAGUGAUCCGCCCGCCUUGGCCUCCCAAAGUGCUGGACAGGCGUGAGCCACCACGCCCGGCCCUAAAUUUACUUCUUAUCGGGACAUUCAUUUCCUUCAAAUAAAUAUAUGUAUUUUUAAAUGCACUGAGCCCCUACCGGGUGCAGGCAUAAGGUGAGGAGCUUGGGUCUAAUCAAAGAUGAGUAAGACAUGGACUUCCCUGCAAGAGAGAUGAGUCAUGUACCUAAAUAAGUGAAAUGGGGAGGCUGAAAGUGGCCAGUGUGAUAAAGGAGACACUGAUGGGGGCUGCAGAGUAGGAGGGUUCCUGAGGGCUUCAAGGAAGAGGUGAUGUUUUUAGUCACCUUGAAAUACGAUCAUGCAAUGAAACGUGGGCUGACUCUGGGCCUCUCCUGUGGACAGUUGUUCAAGGACCAGCUCAUUUGCCUGGAACAUAGGGAAUUUGAAUGUCAUCUUUCUUUCACUUUACAGUUCUCUGAUUCUGACUCACUUCCUUACCAAUCUCACCACCUUCUCCUUCAUUUUCUCUUUCAUCUGUACUUUUUUUCUUCCGCACCUGUCCCUUCACAGACACAAGACGUACUUUUGAGUUUUGUCCUCAAUUUCGUUUUCCUUCCAUCCUUUUCUCUCAAGUCUAAGUCCCACUCUCCAGCAUCCUUCCUUCCUAACCUCCAAGGUGCCCUGGUAGACCAUGUGGACUUUGAUGUCUAACAGACCAGGGUCUCAGCCCAGUGACUCAACUCUCUAAGCCUUCAUUUCAUCAUCUGGAAACAGCCUCCUAGGGCUAUUGUACAAACCAAUGAGACAAAGGAUGUGGAAACGCUUCCUACUGUAAAUGAGAGUCUUUACCGUUAACGAGGCUCUUUAGACUGUAAGUGACAGAAACCCAACUCAAGAUGGCCUAAAGGGAAAAGGGAAAGUCUGAUGUUGCUAGGUCAGACACACAUGGCCCCAGGGCUUCAGACAGUGACCACAACAAUCUAUCCUUCUACAUCUCUCCACUGCCAUCCCCCAUGUUGGGCAGGCCUUCCUUUGCAGAGUGGGAACACAGCCAUCUCCUUCCUAUCAGCUGAGCAACUCCAGUGAAAAUCGGGCACCCAUUCCAGUGGUGUCAGCAAAGCUCUGUGAUUGAACGUCAGUGGACUCAGCCCUAACCCAUUCCCAUAGCCAGGCCUGGGUCCCACGCUAUCACACGGAGCCAUUAAUGAUGGGAUCCUCCCACCCAACCCAUAAGGACCAUGAGUGGGAAAGGGGAACAUCUUCCCAGAGAGGGGCCAUUUCACAGUUACAAAAAGAAGGGGAAAUGGCUGUUACGAAUCAAGCUCCUUGAGCAACGGAGACAAGAAACACAGGGAAAGGAACAGGCUCACGCCUUCUUAGCUCUCAGGUGUCAUCUCCUCAAAAAAAAGUCUUCUCUAAUCCCUUAAGGAUGUGUUGGGUGCUUCACCUGUGCUCUAGCAGCACCUUAUGCUUCCCCUAUUAUCAUACUUUUCACGUUUAUUAUACUAUUCUAUUUGCUUGUCUGUCUCCUUCACAGGACUUUAAGUAUUGUCAGGACAAAGUCAGUGCCUGUCUUGCCUGUUGCUGUACACCCAAUGUUGACAAAUGCCGGACCCUUAGUAAAUGAUGGAUGGAGGGAUGGAUGGAUGGAUGGAUGGAUGGAGGGAGGGAUGAGUGGUGAGAUGGAUGGAAAACAGACAGCUGGAUGGGUGAAUGCAUGGAUGGUAGGAUACAUGAGGGUAGGUGAAUGAAUGAGUGAGUGGUGGAGCGUAUGAACGAUGGACGACUGGUUGGAUAAUGAGUGGAUGAAGGGAUGAAUAAAUAGAUAGAUGGAUGGAUGAAUGGUUCGGAGAUAACUGGUGAGAUCAGUUUGGAAUGGGCUUAGCCUGAACUGCCUGUAAACACAAACAGAGCUGCCCCUCAAGUUGUUGAUAGAUGAACCCCAAGUUCGGGAGAGAGGUCUGGGCUGGAAACAGAGGUUUAAGAGCUAUUAACACAGAGACUACAAUGGAGUGGAUCAAGGUUACAGGGGAGGCAGCAAAGUGGGGGAGCCAAAAUCAGACAGCACCUAAGUGACACUUGAACCCAGGGCUGUGUGAUGUCAGAGCUUGCUUUCCUUCCUUCAUUUUAUGGCAGCUUGGCCACUACUUGAGGUGACAGCACAGAGUUAAUGUCUCUCCCUCUCCCCUCCCUCCCCCUCCUCAAACCACUCAGCCAGAAGGGAGCAGCUGCCUGGGAGGACAGAGAGACAGAUUAUGUAAACUGUGAUUGCCACCCACAGGAGGAGGAGGAGACUGAAUAGGUAUUGAAAUGCGCUUUCAAUAAUGCAUGUCCUCCUCCGCACAGGCCUGGGGCUUGCUGGGGAGGAGAGGAUCCUUAAAGGGACCGAUCCUCCUGUCCCCAACACCCACAGGCCCCCGGCCAGCCAUACAGGUCCCCUGUGCACAAUUGGAGGGCUCUAUGGACAUCCACUCCAGGGGUCCCCAACCUUUCACCCUCAAGGACGCCUUUUUUUCUUUCCCUCUUGACUUCAGUGGAUUUGACUUUUUAAAGAUUCUGUUUCCCAAACAUGCUGCAUUUAAGUCAUGAUUAAUUCAUUUUCCCCAUUUUUUAUUAAUCAAAGACACUUAACUGCCAGUCAGAGCUUUGAUCAGCAAGAGGUAAGCCACGAGGUGAGGUGAUGUCAUUCCAACCCAAAGCUAAGAAAUAUAGCAAGCAAUAUUGUUAGGCAGGCCGGCCUUGCUGCCAGAAAAUGCCCUCUCUUCUUCUAACCCCAGAGAUAGAAGAACCCCAGGCUGGGGACCAGGGAUCCUGCCCAAGUCUCUCUCAUUUCCCAAAGGAGGAAACCAAGGCCCAGAAAGGCAAAUGGACUUGCCCGAGUCCACAGGAUCAGUGAGACCUAAAGGCCAAGGCCUGGCCUCUGCAGUUUCAAAUGACCUAGAACUUGGCAGUGAAACAGGCCAAGCAGCGGACCUGAAAGUCAAGAGCAGGGCAGGAGAAAGAGAAGCCAUGAGAGCCACCACCUUCAUUGUGCUCCUACUAUGCACCAGACCCACUAGAAAGUGUCUACCACCUUGUUCUCACACAACAACCCGGAAGGCUGAGAUUGACAUUCCCGUUGCACAGAGGAAGAAAUUGAGCAUCAAAGAGGAUCCAUGGUUUUACAUAAUCCACUCAGCUGGGAAGUGAAGGAUCAGGAUUCCAGCAGGUGUGUCCAACCGACCGUGAAACUUUUUCCACCUCACUGGCCUGGCUGGGAUGGAGGCAAGGAGAUCAUUCAGACCAGAUUGGCAUUUCUGUUUGCCACUCACCAGUGUGUGAAUUUGGCUAAUGAUCUCACCCCUCUGAGCCCCUAUUCCCUCCUCUGAGGAACUGGGAUAGCAUCUGAUGGCUUGAGUGAUGGUGGAGGAUAAGAAAACAGGGUUAAAGAAAAUGGGGCACAGAAACUAGCAGACAGAGAAGCUUUAACUUGGCAAACUGGACUGGGUGCAGUGGCUCGCACCUGUAAUCCCAGCACUUUGGGAGGCCGAGACAGGCGGAUCAUGAGGUCAGGAGAUCGAGACCAUCCUGGCCAACAUGGUAAACCCUGUCUCUACUAAAAAUACAAAAAUUAGCUGGGCGUGGUGGCAUGCACCUGUAGUCCCAGCUACUCGGGAGGCUGAGGCGGAAUUGCUUGAACCCAGGAGGCAGAGGUUCAGUGAGCCGAGAUCGCACCACUGCACUCCAGCCUGGCGACAGAGCGAGACUCUGUCUCAAAAACAAACAAAAAGAAAAAAAAAAGAAAGAAAAUGGGGCACAAUACUUAGAAAUGGCAUCCUCUCGCUCUAUUCCCUCCUUUUCUAGUGAAAAAGCUUCCAAGCUGGCAGAAGCCAGAGUGUGAGAUCUGAUUGCUCCUGUCUCUGGGGAUCUCCUGGGUUGUAGUUCAGGAAAACUUUACCCUGUUCUUCCACUGCUUUCAGUUAAAGGGACUGUUUUCCUCUGGUCCAGUAAUUCUAGGACAAGGGUUGAGAGUGGGACGAGAGUCUCUGCCUGUAGCUUGAAUGCUCUCCUGGUCACCACCAUCUGCUUCCACAUCUGGUUUUAUCGCUGGGUGGGAGAUAGCUUGACCAUUCCCAUCACACCCCCGGAAACUCCGUUGAUUUCCCCAAGGCAGCCAAAGAAGCUGGAGUGGAAAUCUCAGCUCCCAGCAGCUAGAGAGGGUGACCCUGCUGGACUUGCCACAGUUGCUCCUCCUGGACCAGGCGGAGGUGGAGUAAUUGACUCUCUGGUUUCCUCUGGAAGUGGUUUUAAAUGAAUAAGUGCAAAAAAAAAAAAAAAAAAAAAAAAAAGCCUGGUAACUGGGGUGGGGCACUAAGCAAUUUCUUGGGCAGGAAUUCAGCAGAUUGGAUGCUUGUGCCAGUGGUGUGGGCUGGGCUGAGACUCAGGGAUGCACAGGGCUUGGUGCAGACAGGGUGGGAGCACUGACUAGCGGCACCACGCGGUUAGAGGGCUGCGAUAAAGGUGUGUGAAGGGCGCUGCAAGAACCCAGGGUGGGCGCCACUGACUGAGUGGGUAGGAUAGUAUGGGUGAGGUGAGCUUCUCAGAAGACGGACCUUUGAGCUGAGCCUGGUAAGAAAUGGGGAAUUUCAGAUAGUGUAGACAGAUGCAAAGAUGGGACCACAUGAGAGCAUUCUAAGGAGGAGUCCAGGUUGUUUGAAUACAAGGGGAUGGACAAAAGGUAGGGCAGGAGCGCAGGGCUUGGCCAGAUGGUCAAAGGCCUUGAAUGCUAUUCCCAGUGCGAAAGGACUCCACGCUUUGGUCAUGGCCACAGCAUGAGCAUACCUGGAGUGGGGCUAGUGUUUAAGAAAGAUCUCUAUGAGAAUCAAACUGGAAGCAGAUGUUCCCAAGCAAAAGCGAUAGGCCAGCAGGAAUCAGAAGGACCCUCAACUGGGCUGGAGAGAUGUUUGUGGCGGGUGAAUGGGUUAGAUUUAGUGGCUGAUUGGAUGUGGGAAGGAGACGAAGAAAGGAGUCUCCCAGGAUGGCAUUUGCUUUGGGGCCCCUACUGGCCCCUCUACCCUGCUCAGGGUGGGGAGAGAGGACCCACCAAUGCCCCGGCCAACCCAGGUUCCCAGGGAAGCUUGGACAGGGAGGGCCCCAUCACCCACUCCCUCAAAACUGAAGAGAAAACUUACUACUUGCAUUCUUGAGCUGGUCAACACACUCAGUUGCAAGUGAGCAAAAUCCAACUCAAAGUGACUUCAGCAAAAGGGGGAAUGUGUUGGUGUGUGUAAUGAGAAGCUCUAGGGAUGCUGCUUUCCCCUACAGUUGGAUCACGCAGCUCGAAUGAGGAGAGCAAACCUCAUUCUCUCUCCCUGUCUUGGCUCAGCUUUCCUCUGUGUCCAGGCCAGCUCUCGUCACAGGGUGGUUUCUGCUGCUUCAGACUUACAUCCCCACAGCUCAGCAGCCGCAGCAACAGGAGGCUCCAACAGCCCCAUCAAAAGUUCCAGAACUGAGUCUCAUUGGCCCCUUUUGGGUCACAUGCCCUUCUCUGCACCAAUCACUGUAGCCAGAGGGUGGACUACACUGAUUGGCCUAAACUGGGGUCAUGUGCCCUCUAUGGGAGACCAGGCUGGGACCUCACCCUCAACUAAACCUCACUGAAGGAGACUGGGGGAGGAGCAGCUUCCCCAGAGGAAAUGGGGAUACCCUUUCUAAAAUAAGGGAAAUCGUUGCUUGAUUGCUUUUCUACAGCAGCUGAGGGCAAUGCAGAGUGGCCCCUCUUCUUUCCAGCAUCUGACACCCAUAUUACGGUUUCAUACCCAGGCCUCUUCAACACACCUUUAAAGUCCAAGAGAUGAUGGCCGGGUGCAGUCCCUCAAGCCUGUAAUCCCAGCACUGUGGGAGGCCGGGGCGGUUGGAUCACCUGAGGUCAGGAGUUCGAGACCAGCCUAGCCAAUAUGGCAAAACCCUGUCUCUACUAAAAAUACAAAAUUAGCUGGGUGUGGUGGUCGGCGCUGAGUGCCUGUAAUCCCAGCUACUCCGGAGGCUGAGGCAGGAGAAUCGCUUGAACACGGGAGGCGGAGGCUGCAGUAAGCUGAGAUCACACCACUGCACUCCAGCCUGAAUGACAGUGAGACUCCGUCUCAAAAAAUAAAUAAAUAAAUAAAUAAAUAAAUAAAGUCCAAGAGAUGAACCAGCAGGGAGAUGCACUUGACCUUGUGCACAUUUACAAAAAAACCAACUGCAACUAUUCAUUCAUAGACCCAUCUGCCUCCUGCGUGCCCUGGCCAGCCCUGCCUAUCAAGGGUGAUAGAAAGACCCAGACUCUGCCCCCAAGGAGUUUACAGUCAGUGGAGUCUAUUUUAGGUAUAAUUCCCGGAUAAUUUAGUAGAGUCAGACUUACUCUCCAAAAAAUACACUUCACUGCAUGUGUUUUUCUGGUAUUCGGAUGCUUUUAUUUGCUUUUAGAUUAACUGCCUCGCAUGAAAAUCAUGAAUUGAAAAGACCUUUAAAAAUUCACCAUUUACUUCUGAGUCAAUUUUGUCUUCACUGAUAAAAAAUACCUAAUAUCUAUCGCGCAUCCUCACUGAGGCAGCCUCUGGGAGUUUCACAAUUUAUUCUCCGGAAAUCCGUAUCUGGGUCCUGAGAAAGUGUGGUGGUCCCUUCAGGGACUAAGAGGGUGAGGGUCUGGAAACUGUUCUAUUGGAACAGCGAGCUACAGAAUGAUGGUCUGGACGAAAGAAGACUCGGGGGCAUGUGAUCUCUACUACCCAGCAUCUGUAUGUGGAAGCAACGCACGUUAGAGGGUAGAGAGUAGAAGUGAUUGGGAAUAGAUUUUUUAGCUCAAUAUGAAAGAGAAAUAUUUAGAGACCAGAGCUAUUGCAAAACAAAUAGACUGCCGUAUAAGCUAGCAAGCUCCUCAUUCCUGGAAGCGUGUAAACAGGACUCUUAGGUGGAAAGUUAGACCAAAUGACCUCAGCCUCUUGCAACUAGAAGAUUCCUCAACUAUGGGCUGAACAGUGUUUGAGUUUUGGCUCAAACACUAUUUUGCUCUGUGGCCUUGGGUGAGGCGCUGACCCUCUCUGAGCCUCAGUGACCUAGAUAACCCCCAUAGCGUCUUCGUCUUCUAAAUACUUUGCCUUGCUCAUGUCAGAUAUUCACACCUGCCUCUGCACACUCAGGCAAUUUCUGCCCCGUGCAUAUUUCGAGGCUCCAGAGCCUGAGCAAACCAGCCCACCAAACCCACAGGUGUGAGGCAGCUUCUGUCUGUGCCUUCUGUUCCUAGAGAGGCUGAUUCAUGGCCAUGGGGGAUGCCUCCCCCAUCUGACAGGUGGAGAAGUGAGGUCUGGAGGAGGAAACUAACCACUGGAGCCAGACGCACUCCCCACAAACACACCUGACUGGGCCUCUCCCACCUCACCAUCUCCCUGUCCCCAUUAUUGGCCCUCAAUCCACAAAGGACCCUGGGAAUAGGCCUCUCCCCACGUCAGGUCAAGGGCAGCCACGGAAGCGGAUGCAGAUCCCAACAUCUUGGACCUGAGAAGUGCAUUUCCCACAGAUCUCUCCACAAGCAGCCUUAAGGCUUUUUGCGUUUGAUUUUUACAACAGCCCUGCAAGGGAGGCAUUACCAUCCCCAACUUCUGGGGAGGAAACUGCGGCUCAGCGAGGCCAGCAAUUGUCUGAAACCAGCUGGUAAAUAAGCUGCAGAGAGGGCACUGGACCAGGCCCACCUGCUCAGCCAUGCUCCCUCCCUGGGGUCGCGCAGAAGCUCACCUCGGGAAGAAGGCCCCGCUCCCCCAGGAAGGGCCCCCUUGCCAGGACAGUCAGCCAGAGCCACACCUGACCCCAGUUCCUGCUGUCACUCUUUGCUAAAAGAUGGAGGGGACCAGGUGGGCCUCGAGCUCCACCUUCCCUCGGACCUCUGCUGGGUCUUUUGGAGAAGCCACUUGCCCUCUCUGAGCCUCUGUUUCCUACCUAAGGAUUCCAUCAAUCUAAGUCUCUGCACCCCUAUAUCUCCAUCUGAGUGGGGAAUAAAACUUCUGGCCACACAGAGUCACAAAGCAUCCUCUACCCCUUGUCUGCCCUGAUAUGACACUGUAAUGUGGAGAGCAGAAGACCCACUGCACAAAUGAAGAAACUGAGAGGCUUUAACUUGUGCCCAAGAUCACACAGUUAGGAAGACACAAAGCCAGAGAUGCGAUCCUGACCCUCACUACUCAGGCAGUGCCUGCCCAGGACUCUCACGCAGACCUAGCUGGGGCCACAGAAUUCACAAGGAUGCGGGGUAAGCUGAUGACACACUUGUCAGUGGGCCCCACCAGCCACCAGGUCCUCCCUCCCUCCCAGGGCCUCACUGAAGCCAAUUUCUGCACCGUCAGAGCCGCUGAACCUUCUGCUGUUGGUGGAAGCCAGUCACAGGUGACUGCCUAGCGGUCUCUCUCAUCCACCAGCGUGGCUGUGGCCCUCCGUGCUCUCUGGGGUUCUGAAAACAGAACUGUGUGGUGCCAGGUGAUCCAGAAGAGAAGCAGUGAGAGCUGGAAGGGCACAUGAAGGGCAGUGUGGGCAGAGGGACAGGCAGGGAGGGCACUGCCGCCACAGAGCUGCCCUGGUUCCCUGCCCCCGGGGGAGCACAGCCCAGCAGGAGGGAAAUGAUGGGAUAUUUUGUGGCUGAAUUUUCACAACUCAUGAGAGAGGAAGAGAUGAUUAGCCCCAUUUUUCAGCUGAAAUCAUUGAUGCUCAGACAUGAAGCAACUUGCCCAGGGUUACACAGCCAGGGAGCAGCAGAGCCCAGGUAUGAACCAUCAUGCCUGUCUCCUUCCCCGCCCCUGGAGGUGCGUGAUGCCCCCACACAGGAGAGUGCAGCGAGGCAGCCCUCCUCUAGGAGGGGGAGUUUUAGGGGUGAAGCACCCCACCCCCAGCUGUCCAGCCACCCUUAGCCUCUUCCUCUUUGCCACAGGCCAUGCGGCACUAACAAGGACUCUAGUGGUCUCUUCGAGGGACCCUCAUACAUAGCUCUGCAGGCAGGCAAGGGAUGAGCACAAUCCAGUCUCUGGAGUCCUCACUCCCCAGAGCUUUCCUGGGAACAGCAGGAAGCUAUUUUUAAAGCAGCAUCCGCAGGCAGUAACCUGGGAGAUGAGUCUCCCUCCAGAUCCUCACCCCUGUGGGCUGGGGCCAGCGUUCACCCUGCUCACAGCUCAGCCAAGAAGCCCAGAUCUGGGAAGGAGAGCAGGGAACAUGUCAUCUGUCAGGGGAAGCAGGUGGGUCUGCUCCAAACAAGCCUCGAUUUUACCAACUGGAAGGGGCCUUAGAGCCCAAGGGAAACGUGCGUGUGUUCGUGCUCACACAGUUGUGUCAGUGCGAUUGUGAGCAUGGCUGGGGGUGCGCGUGUGUGCUCAUGGCAGCUGAGUGUCUCCAUAUCCUAUGCAGGCGUGACAUUUAGGCAUAAGUGCGUCUCUGUGUCUGUGAAAGCCAGUGUGCUGAUGUCAGCUUGCCUCUGUGUGUGUGUGUGUGUGUCUCGGUACAUCUGAAUCUAUUUGUUCCUGUGUGCAUGUGUGUGGGUGUGAGUAUGCAUCAGUGUUUACGUGUGUCUGUCAGUCUCCCAGAAACCCUGGAAAUACAUGGGCAGAAUUUUAGAAGUAGGAAGAGCAUUCGCUCUCUCCAGCUCCCUCCCUUCUCUCCCCACUGCUCAAGUCACAGAAGGGGAAAUCGUAGCUCAGAGAGGGGAAGGGACUUGCUCAAGGCCAGUCAGCCGCAGAGAGAACUGGAACCCAGAUUUGCUUCCUGGCUCCCAGGGCCCGUCUACUCAGUCACCCCAUUCAGGCUCCAUUCCCAAGUCCAAAAGCUGUUCCCUCCUGCCCUGACGCAGGUGAGAACCAACAGGGCCCAUCUUCUCCCUGGGCUUUGACUUGGCUGCUGAGAGGGGAAAAGUGUCUGAUGCAAGUGUCUCUGUUAUGGGCUCUGAGCAGAACAUUGACUAUGAUUCAACAAACCAUAGUCUGCUAUUGGGGCAGAGCAUGUACAAAGCCUACCAGCUGCCCAGCCCUGGUCCCACAGAGAUCCCAAGAGAGGCCAGGCAUGGCCCCUGCCCUCAAGAUACCCACAGCUCAGCAGGAGGUCAGAUAGGUCAACCAAAAACUAUGACAUGGGAUUAAACAUGCUUAACGGAGGCAUGCAGAGAAUCCCAAAGCAGCACAGAGGCAGAGGCAACUGAUUCUGCCGAGAGGAUCAAACAAAGCUAGUGAGGAGAUGGGUGACAUUUCAGUUGGGGUUUAAGAGAGAAAUAGGUAUGUCAGACAUUGAAAGAGAAAGGGCCUUCUAAGCUAGGGGCACGAGUUAUGCCAAGGCAACUUAUUCACUUCUGACACUGUUCUAAAGAGGUCCAGCUCUUCCCUGGUCUACCCUAGGACUCUGCUGGCUCUGCCCUCCAUGUCUCUUGUCUGUGCUCCUAUUAUUUCCACCAUCUGGGAUUUAUUAAUUCCUUUAGCAAAUAUGUCCUAGCCACCAAAAAGGUUCCUGGCCCUGAAAGUGGUAUGGGAGAUAAAGCUGUAAUUUUGAGCAUAGUCUCCAUGUCUGACGGCAGGAGAUGGGGGUAAUUAAUCAUCAACCAGUCACAGCUCCUCAUUUCCUAUGUGCCUGGCCCUGUGUUCAGUGCCAUGAGGAAUGGAGAAGACCAUGAAAGCUCAUGGAGCACCAUGCUUGCAACAACACAGUUAAGUCUUGAAGGCCCCAUUUCUGGAAAAGAAAGUUGAAGCUCAGAGAGAUGACCUGACUUACCUGAGGUUGCACACAGUGCUGAGAGCCAAACCAGCUCUGUGUGAUGAGUGUGGGUUCUUUCUGCCAGGCUGGGCUGCCUGCCUUCACAACCAGAAACAUGGGCGUUGGAAACUGCUGCUUCUGCUGUUCUUUUGCCUAUAAUUGUCUCCUUAACGGGCCUGUGACGCUUUCAGUUAUGUUCUUUUGUAAAUGCCAGACAAGCUUGGGGACCCAAGGCAGUAGGGAGAUUGUCUGCCAAAGAAAGUAGAAUCAAACCUCCCCUUCCAAGGAAUCUUCCAAACCCAGCAGGUUUGAGGUUAAAAUUGGAGAGGGCAGGAAACUCAGGGGUCAAGACUGGGCCCCUAUGUGCCUUCCAAGAAAGCACCUCUUCCUGAAUCUGAUGCUCAGACCAAAAGAAGGGAACAUGCAUGGAGAGGACCCAGGCAGGCCCCACACAUGAAGCCCUUAGCACUCUGCUUGCCUCUUUAAUGUGAGCUAAGAAAAAAGGAUUAGGCUGGGCGUGGUGGCUCAUGCCUGUGAUCCCAGCACUUCCGGAGGCCGAGGUGGGCAGAUCUACCUGAGGUCAGAAGUUCAAGACCAAGCUGGCCAACAUGGUAAAACCCCGUCUCUACUAAAAAUACAAAAAUUAGCUAGGCAUAGUGGCAGGCACCUAUAAUCCCAGCUACUUGGGAGGCUGAGGCAGGAGAAUCACUUGAACCCAGCAGGCGGAUGUUGCAAUGAGCUGAGAUUGCGCCACUGUGCUCCAGCCUAGAUGACAAAAGUGAAACUCCAUCUCAAAAAAAAAAAAAAAAAAAAAAAAGAAAAGAAAGAAAGGAAAAGAAAAAAGGAUUGAUCUGCAUUGCAUGGCCUCCACAAAGCUUUGGGAUUUUUUGAAAUCUCUUUUGUUACGGAGGCUUCAUAAUCUACCUUGUGAUUAGGAAUUGCCACCCUGGUUUUGCAGAUGAGAAGGGCUGGCUGCUUGGGAUAUAGAGAUGAAGAGAGUACAGUCUCUGACCCCAAAGAACUCGUGGUGAAGAAACACAAACGCACAGAAGGCCUCUAGGGUGCUCAAGUCUGUAAUACAAAGAAGCAUGGGGGGCUGUACCAGGGACACAGGGGACUUGUUUCCAAGUUGGAGAGUCAAGAAAAGCUUUCUGAAGGAGCAGACAUCUAAGCUGAGACCAGAGGAAGAAAGUUAGCCAGGCAAAUGGAAAUGGGGGGGCCUGGUAUGCGAUAGGUCAAAGGCUCCAGCCCAAAGCCUAGAUCCCAUUCCAGGACUCUGAGAAACACUGUUUGACACACCCAUUGGACAGGUAUGGUUUGGAAGAAUUUAGCAGUUAGGAUCUGGGGUGCGGAUGGGAGGCUGGAGAGGGAUUCCACAGCCAAAAUCAGUCAGUCCCCAGACUGAGGGGACUCUCUCCGCCCCUUCCUGCCAUAGCCAGGCCCCUUCUUUGAAAACUUUGCCCAGACCGUGGGCUCGGCUGCUACCUACCUUCUGUUGCCUGCCUCUGGUUUUCCUCCCUCACAUCCCCUUUCCUGGUGAGCUGGGGACCAAUCUAACCUGGAGGCCCAGGUUCCUGCAGGGCACUUAGUUUCCAUGCAUGGCUCCAGCCCCCAUGGGCUCAGCGUUCCUCCCUGAAACAUCCUCUCUGGCUGCUGUUUUAGCGCAAGAUUUUGCUUCAGGGUAAAUCCUGCAUUUCCCAAACCAAUGGCAUCUUGGCGUGUAACUGAGAUGCACAGGGAAUCCCUGGAUUUGAAGUCAGUAAGGCCUGCCUCUGGACGCCAGCUCUGUCACUGAUGUAGCUUGGCAAGUUCUUACGUGUCUCUGGACUUCGAUGUCCACAAAUGUAAAAUGGGGUAAUGACACCAACUGCACAGAAUUACUGCGAAGAUUCAAAUGAAACCCUGCAUGCGAAAACUGCUCAGAAACGGUCCAGAGAUGUGUAGAUACAGGCAGGUACUACUGCUGUGACCCUGGUCACAGAAAUGUCCAUUCACUCAGCAAGUGUUUAUCCAGGGCCCGGGUGCCAGGCUCUGCACUCAGAGCUGGAAUCUAACAAUGGACUAAGUAGACGCAGAGUCUGCCCUCAAGGACCUCACAGUCUGGGAAAGAGACGGACAUGGACAACUUCAACGUAACGCAAUUCAUGCUUGGGUGGGAGGAAGCACAGUGGGUGGGGUAGCAGGGGGAGUCACCUUAAACCUAGGCCAGCCUGGGAAAUGCAGAAAAGUUUUGUGGUGGUGGGUGUGGUGCUCAAGCCUGUAAUCCCAGCACUUUGGG